CUCAAUUCACAGCGCGAAUUAUGUAUGUAUAUAAAUAUAUAUUUUCAUACACUACUAAUGAGAAAUGUUUGUGUGUACUAGCCUAAAACAUAGUCAUCCAUAUUAAAUAUUAAAAUGCACCCAUGGCUAUGAAUGUUUAGCUCCACGGUUAAGAGGAUUUAACUUUAAAUAUAUUUCAUUUAUUAAUGUAGCAUAUUUAUCACACGCAGAAUGUUUUUUUAAAUAUAUUCCUAUUAUCCUAUAGCAACCCAGUGUGGAUUGUUGUCUGCAUAUAUUAACUUACCAGCAGUUACAAGGUAUGAUGGUCAGACUGUAAAAAUAUACCUCUGAGAUAUGUCCAUUUUUAGCACAAUACGAAAUAAUCCUACCGGCCUUCAUGUAUUCACCUGGCUGUGUCACCACCACAUUUCAGGAUUUUUGAUAAUGCACCAGUCAAUGGAAUGCCCCGCACCCCCCUACCCGGGGAAUGCUGGGGAAUAGCGGGGAAUUAUUGAGUGAUUGAACCUUAUAUUCGGCCAUGGUACACAGGGAUUUAGACUGUAUUAGUUAUGUUAUCAGGUACCGGGGACUUUGGCGGGGCUUAUAUCGGAGCCGCCAUCUUGAAAACGAGAAAGGACUGGGUAUGAGCAAUGAAAGCAAGCUGAUAAUUUUGCAAAUGAACUGACAAUCUCUUGUGUUAUUAGGUCACCGUUUUAUUUUCUUGAAAGUUAUUGUAAACCAUUUAGAUGUUCCAUUUUUUAAGCAUUCAGUAUGGACCAUAGAUAUGAUUUAAAUUUUAAGUAAAAAGGGAAAGGCGCAGUUUUUAGGGGCCCCGAACAAUGAGCAAAACCAAAUCGAACUGAAAAGAAGCCAGUUUAAUAGAUGUGCGAAAUUAAGUAUGAAUAAGGUAGUAUUUAUCAAAUAGGUCUAUUUCCUUUAGAUUGAUAUUCUUUUUAGAGAUUGUAUGGUGGGCCCGGAAAGCCGGGACAUUAUUUGCGUUUAGACAAGUGAGAGUGGCCCAUAUAGAGGGGAGUUAGAGUGAAAUGGAGCAAGGUCUUGGUCUAAUCCCCCGCUGUUCCCCGGGUAGGGGAUGUGGGGUAUUCCCAGGGUGUUAGCUAGCCCAUAAUCAUACUGUUUGUUUGACGAACUCUUCCUAAUUGAAGUAGCUAAGUGGCUUUCCCAACUGGGUCUACUGGAAGAUUUUCAUUUUUUCUGAUGAGAAAGUGCAUUGUGUUUGAUUUUAUAUUAUUAUAUCAAACUUUUUUCCCAUUAACUAUUUUCUCAAAAUGUAUCGCGUUUCACUCAUAUUGGGUCUGUUCACUGAAAUGAAAUGUACAAAACAAAGUGUAAUCGGUGUGCAUCCGUAUUCAUUCACCGGAAAAGAAAUAUACAAAACGAAGUACCAUCGGGUGCAUUUUUCAGUAUUCAUUCACCGGAAAUGAAAUGUACAAAACCAAGCUACCGUUGUUUGCAUCUAGGGAGAAACACGUUGGAAAAAAACUCUAUUUAUUCCUACACAAGGACUUUGAUCCGUCAAAAAAACUUCCCCAAUUUACGUUUAAAGGACAAAACUUUUUUUCUGGCUAACACCCUGAUUCCACUGACUGGUGCAUAAUGCUCACAAUUUCUUUCUUAUAUAGUUUUUCAGUUCUGAGUGUGUACAAUCUUAGUCUUUACAAAUGAAUGGUGCCAUCUGAAGCUGACAUAUUAAACAAAAAUGUCGACAAAUAUAGAUUUUGUUUCCCAUCAGCAGAUUGUUCGGUUGUUCUGCAAUAGAGGUAGCCUUGAAGGUGCCAUUAAAACAAUAAUUGGGACAAAAACUGACUUAGUAUUUCUAUAUAUGAAAUUGUUAUUAAAUUUUAUGUGUCCAAUAAUUCAUUCAAGUAUUAUUAUUGUUUAUACGUACAUAUGGUAUUAUGACUAUUAUUGUACAGUAUUGAUUGGUAAUUGGUCAUGGUAUGCUAAUAGACCUGCAAUGCAAAUCAUUAAAAACCAUAGCAUGACCUAGCUGUUACUACGGCUAGCUUCACCAGUGCUGACAGUAAUUAUAAUUAAUAUACAUACAAAAACAAGAAGUUAUAAGCAUUGAAAGGAUUCAUAUAAAUUUAGCAUGCCAAGAAAGUAGAAUUAGAAUAUUUAGCUGACCUUUGACUUUGUGCAAGGUGUUUGGUAUUCAAAUUGCACUUUUCCUACCUCCUGAACAGGCAUCUUAGGCUAAGGGGCUGUUUACAUGAUGGAAUGUGGGAUGAUUUUGAUGUAUUGAAAUACGUCCAUAGGCUAAACGAAAGUCCAAAUGCUGGUUAACAAAAUUCAAAUGUUGUAGAGCAGAUCUUGUAGUUCAAGAAGAUUAUUAUUGCUGCUUGAACAACCUUUCAGUUGACAGGUAGCUAUUGCUAUCUGUCGGAAAUAAUGAAGUUUUUUGCUGAAGUGUACACUGUGACUUAUUUAAAUACAUCUAAAUCAUCCCGCCUCAUAUCUCAUCCUGGCAAAGCGGGAUCAUAAAAACAGCCCCUUAUUCAGCAAAUUGCGCAUGCUGCCUUUGAUCACUUGGGGGUGAGGCAGCAUUUUCCUUGCGAUAGUAACUUCUAGUUAAUAGUAUUUUAUAUAUAGCAUACUUGUAAGACGCUUUCGAUCAUUUUGUUAUGUAGAAAGCGCCAUAUAAAUUGUCAAAUUAUUAUGUUAUUAUUAUAACAAGCAAAUUUACUGUACUGUGCUACAGCAACUGUCCAGUCAGGCAAACGGGAUAAAAAGCCGAUAUAAUAAUAUAAUAUAAAAGAUAAUGUAAAAAAGUAACAGAACGGCGAACAUGCAGAUUCGGCCAUCUCAAAUCAAAUGGUAAUGUUGGGAUAGAGGGGAGCAGGGGCGUAGGAAGCAUCAAAAAGUUGGGGGGGCGGUUUUGAGGGGCACUUUUCGAAAGAAAAGGCACCUAAAAAAUUUUCCCGGAAAUGUUGGCGACUGGGGGCAGGUCAACUCAAAACAUUUCCGGACAUGUCAUCAUCUUCGCAAACAUACAAAAUUUUUCCGGACAUAUCAGAAUUUUUUCCGUAGUAUUUUUUCAGUAAAUAAAUGUAAUCAUAAAUCAAAGGCUAUUGAGGCAAACGGCGAUCUCAAUGACAUUUUUCACGUAGUCAGAAGGGCACUUUGCCACCGAAAAAAGGGCACUUUUGAAAACUUGGAGGGCCUGGCCCCCCUAGACCCCCCCCCCGGUUCCUACGCCCCUGGAGGGGAGUGAGCAGUAAGGCCGGUUGAAGCAAUCCUGGCUGCAAAUUUCAUCCCAAUUUUCCGGGCUGAAACUCGCCAUGCAGUUGACGGAAGAUAUAAAUAGUUCGGGUUAAAAAAUCAGCAUUUAAGUGACUUUAUUUCUGUUCUAUUUUUAAAUGCAACCACAGUCUCGCAGAAGUCAAAUAAUAUAGACAUGAACAACAUUUUAAAUUCUUCGAAGAAAGGAAUAGCUCCAUUUCGACACUUAAUCGUUUCAGCGCUGGCUGGGAGAUUUCACGCCUGUUUGAACUGAAAUUUGCCAUGUAAUCGUGAAACAAUUUCAGUUCCUGAGUUGAAAUUCAGCCUGGGCUGAAAACUCCCCUAUGUAAUCAGCCCCUUAAACUCUCUAUUAGCUAAAGAUGAAAGAUAUCCUAAACAUCUUCCUUUAUUACUUGCUUUUUUCUUUCAUUUGCAGAGCCAGUUAAUAAUAUCGAAAGGUUAUCCAUGCGAAGAACACUUUGUCCAAACCGAAGACAACUUUAUCUUAAACGUACAACGCAUACCGCACGGUCGAAAUCAGAAUCACACGAGACAAAAGGCAAAACCGAUCGUGUUUUUACAACAUGGACUAUUGGCCGAUAGCGCUUGUUGGGUUUUUAAUUUUCCCAAAACCAGUCUGGCUUUUAUCUUGGCUGAUAAUGGUUUCGACGUUUGGCUUGGAAAUUCGCGAGGGAAUAGAUACGCGAGAAGGAAUAAACAUUUGUCUCCUGAUUGCUUGAAGUUUUGGAAAUGGACGUAGGUUUUGGCAGUUUGAGGCAGAAAGGGAGGGAGGAAUGAAGGAAGGACCAAUGCAAAAAUAUUCUUUCCUGUUUUUCAACUAGAUUUGAUGCCAUGGCAAAGUACGAUUUACCUGCAACAAUGGAUUAUAUUGAACGCACCACAGGACAAGAUCAGCUGGUCUACAUUGGUCACUCUCAGGGAACUCUGAUCGCGUUUGCUGCUCUGUCCACUAAUCCUGAACUUGCAAAGAAAGUAAAGCUGUUUAUUGCCCUCGCUCCUAUUGUCACCAUUGGGAACAUAAUGGUGCCUGAACUCAGAAUUCUGGCUGACAUUACUACGGCUAUUGAUGUGAGUGUGGUGGUGAUGAUGAUGAUAAUGAUCAUGGUAAUGAUUAUGGUGGUGAUGACGACGAUGAUGACGCUGGUGGUGAUGGUGAUGAUGAUGGUUAUGAUGAUGGUUAUGAUGAUGAUGGUAAUGGUGAUGAUGAUAAUGAUGAUGAUGAUGAUGAUAAUGGUGAUGAUGGUAAUGAUGUGAUGGUGAUGAUGAUGACAAUGAUGAUGGUGAUGAUGGUAAUGCUGAUAGUAAUGAUGACGACGAUGAUGAAGUUGAUGAUAAUGAUGGCGAUGAUAGGUGAUGAUGAUGUAAUGGUGAUGAUCCUUGAUGAUCAUGAUGAUGAUCAUGAUGGUGAUGAUGAUGAUGAUGAUGAUGGUGAUGAUGAUGUAAUGGUGAUGAUUCUUGAUGAUGAUGAUGAUGAUGAUGAUGAUGGUAAUGAUGAUGAUGAUGAUGAUGAUGGUGACGAUGAUGUAAUGGUGAUGAUUCUUGAUGAUGAUGAUGAUGAUGAUGAUGGUGAUGAUCAUGAUGAUGGUAAUGAUGAUGAUGAUGAUGGUGAUGAUGAUGAUGAUUGUGAUGAUGGUGAAGAUAAUGAUGGUAAUAAUGAUAAUGCUGAUGGUAAUGAUGAUGAUGGUGAUAAUGAUGAUGGUGAUGAUGAGAUGGUGAUGAUUUGUGAUGAUAAUGGUGAUGAUGAUGAUGGUGAUAAUGAUGAUGGUGAUGGUAAUGAUGGUGAUGACAUUGAUGGCAAUAAUGAUGGUGAUAAUCAAUAUGUUGGUGAUAAUCAAUACAUGUCCGUUUCCUAAAUUUUACAUUUCCAGGAUGUGGCACCAGUUAUCGAUGCGCCAUUUCUUCCUGGAGAUAUAUGGCGAACGCAGUUUAUCGACAAAGGUUUUUGCAACGGAGUGACUGAGGAAAAGCUAUGUUAUCAAGUUAUGAAGGUUUUCGUUGGAGCAGACCCUACAAAUGUAAACUAUGUAAGUAAAUAUUAUACAGUUUCCUGCCGUAGUCACCCUGGAUCAAUAAGGAAUGAUCCUUUCUUGACCUCUAGGGAGAAUAGUUUAGAACUGAUAUCCAGUGUAAAUAAAGUUGGUCAAAAAAUCUUUCUCUUAAUUUCAGAGUCGCAUUCCAGUGUAUCUUAACGGUUUUCCAUCCGGGACUUCGUUAAGAAAUCUGGUUCAUUUUGCGCAGGUAAUUUUAUUACCAUUCUACUAAACACGUACGAUGUGUCACUAACCGAAAGGGCAAAACAGAGCUGAUGUUUUUGUUUUUAUUUUUAUUUUCAGUUGCUCGUCUCAGGAAAAUGUCAAAUGUUUGACUAUGGUAUCAUUGAAAACUAUCUCCAUUACGGCCAGGUAGCGAAUCUUCAGUAUUAGAAAGGUGUCUGUAUCAGAGAGGUGUCUGUAUUAGAGAGGUGUCUGCAUUAGAGAGGUGUCUGUAUUAGAGAGGUGUCUGUAUUAGAGAGGUGUCUGUAUUGGAGAGAGGCAGGGACGCCGGAACUGGGGUGGCAGGAGGGGCAGCCGCCCCUGUUGCCCUUUGCCAGGAGGGGCAAGGGGGGCUAAGGUGUCCUUUCAAUUUAGAGGAUUGCCUUGGCGAAAUAGGGAAUUGUCAGAAAUGUUAGUGCAAUUCUUUUACGACUUUUUUUCAGAAAAUGCAAGAAAUGCAGUCAUCGAGCUUCAAGAAUAGCACAAUCGCCUGGCGGAGAACCCCCUCACACCCCUAUCAUCCAAUAAAUAGAAAACAUGGUUAGGCGAAGUUCAACUCCCGAUGUUUUGCAAACAUCUCUUAGUAUAUAUAAAUUCAAAAGUGCCCUUUCACGAAAAUCUGAGGGGUCUGUAUUAGAUAGAUGACUGUAUUAGAGAGGUGUCUGCAUUAGAGAGGUGUCUGUAUUAGAGAGGUAUCUGUAUUAGGGAGGUGUCAGUAUUAGAGAGGGGUCUGCAUUAGAGAGGUGUCCGUAUUAGAGAGGGUCUGUAUCAGAGAGGUGUGUGUAUUAGAGAGAUGUCUGUAUUAGAAAGGUUUCUGUAUUAGAGAGGUGUCUGCAUUAGGAGGUGUCUGUAGCAUAGAGGGGUCUGUAUUAGACAGUCUGUAUUAGAGAGGUCUCAGUAUUAGAGAGAUUCCCACAUUAGAGAGGUGUAUGUAUUAGAGAUGUGUCUACACCAAAGAGGUGCCUCUAUUAGAAAGGUGUCAGUAUAACUGAUCUUUCCUAAAUAUAUUCUAAUUCUGUUCAACAUAUUUUCAGGCAAAACCACCCCAAUAUAAUGUGGUAAACAUCGACGUGCCCAUCGCUAUAUUCUCGGGAAAUCACGACACGCUUUCGGAUCCGGCCGACGUCGAAUUGCUGAUACCGAAACUGAAAAAUCUGAUCUAUAUUAAGAAACUGGAGCAAUUUAAUCACGUUGAUUUUGUUAUGGGAUUGAAUGCGAAUGUUGUACUGUACCCAGACAUUGUUAAACUUAGCAAAAAAUAUUCUAACUUGGAUUAAAAUUGUCUUUAUUGUGCCGAUUACAUGAGUCGAGUUGUCCCGGCUAGCCGAGGUGCGUCAUAAUUAACGCAUAAUAACCUCGCAAAUUACUUUUCAUGAAGGCUGUAUAAUGAAUAUUAGAUAAUACCUUUGUAUUAUAUAAUAUUCAUUAGAGUUCUGAUCGCUUAAUUGUCUGUUUAUGGUCACGUGAUAUUGAGUAGAAAAUUCCAUUUCCCAAGAGUGCAAUGGAAUACGUUCCAUUGCACUCUUUGCGAGUGCAAUUGUACGAUACGUUUUAUGCCAUUGCACUCUUUGUGUUUUCGAUAAAUCGCAUCCGUCAAAAUGCUUCUCAUACGAAUCUAUUAGUCUAUUUUGGUAUUAUAUAAAACAGGGGUCGCCUCGUUGAAUGGAACAUUCCAUCUUUCACCAGUUCACCUCAUGAAAAUAUUCUUACCAUUGCAUGAAUAAACAUUCAUUAUUUGUAUACUAUUAAAAAACCUAUUAAUAAUUCAUGAGGAAAAUGCAAAUGAAAUGAAUGUUUAAUCAAUGUUUGUAAAUUGGAGAAAGAUUUGUCCUGAUUUACAUAAACUUCAGCUUUGAUUUUCUCUUCUUAGAUAAUGUUAAUUUUUUAAAUUACUUCGCGAAUGAACUAAUAAGAUGGGUCGUUUUUUAAGCGGCGAGAGUUUGUAUAUCAGAUAAAGAUCGGAUGCGAAUGUUUUAACUAUAGUACUUAAUUAAUUAAAAGCAAUAAAAAAAAUUAGAUUACAUGGAAAAGGCUAGGGACCAACACAUGUACACACGCAAAAACGCACAUCUUGCAGCAAGUCUGCCAACAAGCCGUCAACAAGUUGUAUUCGCACUGCUUGUUCCAAGUUGUCAACAAGUUUGGAACAAGCUGUUAACAACUUGCAACAAGCUUGAUGGCAUUAUCAGCAAAUUGUUCUAACAAGUCUGACACAGUCACGAUAUAACAAUAUUGUUACAACUUUGUGCCGUCAAACUUGUAACAUUCUUCUUAUAUCAUGAAUGUAUCGGACUUGUUAGAACAACCUUGUAACAUUCUUGUCAUGUCAUGACUGUAUCAGUCUUGUUAGAACAACCUUGUAACAUUCUUGUUAUAUCAUGACUGUAUCAGACUUGUUAGAACAACGUUGCAACAUUCUUGUUAUAUCAUGACUGUAUCAGACUUUUUAGAACAACCUUGUAACAUUCUUGUUAUAUCAUGACUGUAUCAGACUUGUUAGAACAACCGUGAAACAUUCUUCUUAUAUCAUGACUGUACAUGUAUCAGACUUGUUAGAACAACCUUGUAAAAUUCCUGUUAUAUCAUGACUGUAUCAAACUUGUUAGAACAAUCUUGUAACAUUCUUGUUAUGUCAUGACUGUAUCAGACUUGUUAGAACAACCUUGUAAAAUUCCUGUUAUGUCAUGACUGUAUCAAACUUGUUAGAACAAUCUUGUAACAUUCUUGUUAUAUCAUGACUGUAUCAGACUUGUUAGAACAACCUUGUGUACCAUUAGUCUCAUAGUGCCACCAAGCUUGUUACAAGUUGUUAACAGCUUAGGGCCUGUUUAUAUUGAGGCGAGUUACCACGCAAGGCGAGUAACUCGCCCAGGCGGGACAAACAAGCGCUCUGUUUAUAUGGAACCGAGUUACUUGGCAUUUGCUACAUGAUUGCCGUAUGACGCCGAAAUGGCGCCAAAACACAAAAAGGAGUUAAGUCGUUUGAAACGUUAAAAAAACUUUUACAAAAUGUCGUCUAAAUACAAGAAUAAGCGCCGAGAAAUUCAGAAAAACUUAUCUAUCGAUUCGUAUAUGUAUUUUUGAGCUUUUAUGUUUCAAAUGCAUAGCACAUAUCCUACAUUCUAUCCCGGACGACUGAGUUAUCCGGGCAAAGUAUCUACAUGGUAAAAUAUUCAUCUUGUCUAGGCGAUAUCCCGCCUCUUUCUGCCGGGAACUUGUCAAGGCGAGUAACUCGGCUCAGGGUUUACUUUAACGUGCAGUUCUACACAAAAUGUGCAGUUCUAAACCCAUUUGUGCAGUUCUUAAAACACAAAUAUGCAGUCACCAAACUAACAAAAAUAGCCUUAAUUAAAACAGUCCUCUCAUUUACUCGUUACCCUUGCGGAUGCACCAAAAAUAUAAACGAUUUCUGGGGAAGGACUUCAGAUCCCCCUAUUUUCCUCACAAAACACUUAUGUGCUGGGGUAAUAGAAAAGAAAGUAAAAUUGGGGCGAGCGAAGCUCCCCAAAAGAGAUUAGAGUGGGAGAACCUAAUAUUCUUUGCUGCCUCAAAUGCAAAUUUAAGGUUGUUAUAUAUUGAAUAUCCAUGAUUCCCAGUUACAUGUUUUGAAACAGAUUUUGAGUGGUUGGGUAAAACAAAUCUUUGCCAGAACUUAACAGCCUCUAGACUCAAUUGUUUUGGGAACAGCCCUAUCUCCCGCACCCAACACGAGUUUGUCUGGCCUUUCUCCAAUUCUCCCACCCAACCUCAUCAUUAUUCUGUCACCUAUAUGCAGGUAAAAUAUCCUUCGAAUCCCCCCAGUCAAACACCCGUUGCCUUCGUAACAUCCCUAUGUGUGCAGUUCUAAAUUUUUCUUAAAAUAAACCCUGAGUCUCGGCUGCAUCAUGUAAACAGGCCGUUAACGAUAAUGAACUUAUACUUCACGCUAGCUAUAGCCAGGACAACUCGCUGCAUGUAUAUAUUGGUAGAAUGAAUCAUUCCUAUUCAAUGCAAUCAUCUCCAAAUUUCAUAAUUAUAGCUCAUAUUUAAAUGUCCAUUUGGUUAUGAGUUUACAUAAUGGGGCAAUAUAUAUAGGAGUAACAUUAUAUUAAUCAGUUCUAUUAAAUUAUUAGAAAACUAUUUCAGUUGUCAGAAAUGGUUGAUGCGUAAAGGAAGUCUAAUAGAUAUAUUCCUUCCACCAAAAUCGACGCAAUUGCUACAUGGCAUUGGCUUCGCUCUAUCUUUAACUGUUAGUGGUAUGCCAACUUUAAAGGAGUUUAGGAAGAAAUCAUACACCUUACUCGUGUUAAAUUCGCGUCAUGUCGCUCAGCUUUAAAUUCGCGCAAGUAAUUUUCCGUGUUCGUUCUUUCUGGUUUAAAUGUUUAAUUAAUAUAACUAUUAACAAUUGUCGUAUUUAUAAUAAGUAUGUUUAUCAACAAAAUAUACUUCAAUAUUUGUCAAAACUUAACAAAAAGCGAUUAGGUGGCCUCAUAAAAUGGCUUCAAAAUUAUGAUGUAAACAAAAUUCAAGAUAAUAAUAAAGCGUGAGUUGAAAUACCAACAAAUACCAAAAAUUAUUGUAUGAUUCUCAUUUGCCUAAUACAAUAACAUAAUGCAAAUAGUAAUGCAAAUCAGUUAUUAAUAAAUCAACUGAGUGCAUUACCAACAAUGAGUGUCUCAUAUUACACCAUAUUACUUCCUUUUUAAACAACACUCCUAAUUGAGAAAGUGAGAAACAGAGACAGUCAAGAAACCCAGAUCAGAAAUUCAAACGGCGAAUAAUGACAAAUAUACCGACCCUAACAAAGAUAGUUUUCGAACAAAUCCGCAUGCUCCUACAAUAAAUCGUAAGACAAAACACAUACGCGGUUUUAAAAUUGCUCAUUUAAACAUUAGAAGUUUUAUUAAACAUAUUGAUCAAUUCAGAUACUUUCUUAAUUAAAGAAAAACAAUAAUUUGUCUUAAUGAAACAUUACUGGACGAAACAAUUAAUGAUCAUGAAGUUAAUAUUGAAGGCUAUGUCAUUGUGAGAAAAGAUAGAAAUCGUAAUGGUGGUGGGGUAGCUAUUUAUGUUCGAAGUACAAUCAAUUACAUGAUAAGGGCUGAGUUUGACACAGAAGGCUUAGAAACAAUCACGGUUGAAAUCUCUAAGCCAAAACCAUUUAUUAUUAAUUGUGUAUACAGACCUCCAUAUUCAACAGUCGAAUUAUUAAAUACUUAUGAAAAAUUAAUCGAGAUACUUGACUACGAAAACAAAGAAACAAUCUUGAUUGGAGACUUCAACUGCGAUUGGACAGGCGUUAAGUCGGAUAAAGUCAAACCGCAAACUAAUAAAUUACACGAAAUUAUUCAAACGUAUCAAUUCGAACAAAUGAUAGAUCAACCCACGCGAAUAACUACCAAUUCAGAAACAAUAAUCGAUUUGGCUUUUACAAAUAAACCGGGACUAAUAAUCCGUUCUGGCGGCGUAAUCCAUAUCGGAAUAAGUGAUCAUAGCUUAAAGACGGCUUACAGUCCGUGCUGCGCAUGUGCGAUUCUUUUUGUUUUGGUAGACUACUCAUCUCUCGUUUCCAUGGUUUCCAGUCCGAUUGCGUAAUAUACGCGCGAUUCUAUAUUUAUUGAUACAAGGAGUGGGAAUACACAGUUUCGACGAGAUUUUCAACGAUUUGUGACUUUUAUGUGGAAUCCGAUUAAUAACAAAUCAUUGAAACAGGCUAGUUCCUCGGGUAGAGGAGAACUGCACGGAACUGAACAUAUAUAUACAUGCAUGGACUGUAGUAAGAGUCUGCGGAGUGCGGUGCGGUGCAUACAUCGUCUCCGAUGCGCUCAAUUAUGCGACGACCAAAAACUAUAAACAGAACAAAACGACAAAUAUAUUUUACUAUAGCACGCGAGUAUAAUUACAUCAUUUUCUAACUUACUUAAAACGUUAAGAACUGUCAGAAAAGACAGCAAUACAAUAGCCUAUAUUAUACUCAUUUUGUAAUUUACGUCGUCAAGGACAAUUAUAUAGGGCUCUAUAGAUGCCUAUAGGCUUUUAUGCCCAACUGUACAAGGCAUCUAUAGGCCACGUAUAGACGUUUUUCGUAUAUACUUUUAGUAAGUUUGUCAAGGACAAUGUGCCAUUAACAUUGACUAAUUGAUUGUCCAUGCCGGUUUAGGCGCCGGUUAUAAUAGCGACUAUGUAUAUAUAUAUUUUCAGUUAGCAACCAGAGCCACAAGGAUUCACAUCGAGUUGAUUCGAGUAACCAGAGGACUCGUUAGAGAAUAGAUCGUUUUACUAGGAUUGCUCCCAAAUAUAGCCAUGCAUUUUCGAUUCAGUUUUGGUGUUUUAGACUGGUGUUUUACAAUUAUCUAAUCAUUUAUGAAAUCUAUAUAUUAAAUUUCCUUAAAAUAUCCUGAAACCAUUGGCAAGUACAUUUAUAUUUUUUAUACAAUUUUAAUUUUCAAACCACUGUAUGCAUGCAUGCAUCGUGGACAUUGUGAACAAUAUAACACUUGUCAAAAAUCGGUCUCCCAUGCAUACCCAGCUACUGUAGCUUGUUCGUAGGUGCGAAGUAUCCUCCCACUUUCAUAGCAUUAUUCCACUCCUCGUACAAUGUCAAACUUACAAAUAACAUACGCUAAGAUUAUCAGAUUAACAUCAUUGGAAAAUUAUAAUAAUGAACUCUUUAUAUAUAAAAUCUAGUAGUGUACUGACAUAAUUUCAGAAACCUGCGCUAUAACACACGUAUAUUACUCGUAUUCUAGAAGCGCACUCAUAUUCAUACUCAAUGGAUGAAUGCCCCGAGUGGAGGUUCAAUCUGAGCUUCUUUUGAGUGUCAGCCUUGUUUUUCAAUAGCUGCCAGAAACAUGAGUAUAGUCAUAUAGUAACGGUACGACACUAACCCUCCAGCUAUUCAAAAACAGCAAUGACACUCGAGAGAAGCAGUAGAAGCUCAGACUGAACUUCCACUAAUUGAGUGUGAGUAUAUAGGGGAGCUUUUAGAAUACGGGCGUAAAACUACUUUCAGAACAACGGCAACGGUACAUAAAACGGUUACCAAAAUUCGCCCAUAUUAUGUAGUAUUUCAUGCUCUUUCCAAAGAU